AUGGGGACCCGUGCCCUUCCGCUCCCUUGCCAAUUCGAGCUCCUCCUCGGCGAAGACCGCGACCGGUGGCCGCCGGAGGCCAGGUUCAUCGAGGCCGCCCACCGCGGCGACGUCCGCGGCAUCAAGGAGAUUGCAAAGGAGCUGGACGUGCACGGGCAUGGGAUCCCGGUGACGGUGGCCAGCACGAGCUACAUGGGCAUGAACGCGCUCCACGCCGCUGGCGGCCGCGGCAGGCUGCCCACGUACGAGUACCUCGUCGAGGAGGUCAAGAUGGACAUCAACAAGCCUGACACCUCCCAGGAUUAUUCACCCGUGGAGCAUGCCGUUACCUAUGGCAACCUUCCUGCCGUCAGGUACCUUCUUGAUCAAGGCGCCGAUGUGCAUCAACAACGUUCAGGAAACAUCAGUCUUCUUCAUUCAGCUGCAGCUCAUGGGCACUGUGAAAUAGUAAAGUAUCUUCUAUCUAGAGGAGUGGAUAUUGAUGCACAAUCAAUUAUUGGGACACCACUCGCUUUUGCUGCUCAGAAAGGACAUGCUACUGUUGUGAAGAUACUUUUGCAGCACAAUGCAGAUCCCAACAAGGGUACUUGUAUUCUUGGACCUUUAGACAUGGCGUUACACAAAUCUAAUGUGUCUUGUGCGAAGCUAUUGAUUCAGGGUGGAGCUAAUGUGAGCGGUGCUGGCCCUUGUUAUAAUCCCUUGAUAACGGCUGCAGAGAAGGGCUUAACUGAAGCUAUCAAGUGCUUGUUGGAAGCUGGUGCAAAUCCAAAUGUUCUUGACCAGUUUGGUAGAUUGCCAAUAGAAUUGGCUGCUGAGUAUGGUACACGGGAAGACGUUGAGAUGCUCUUUCCUUCCACCUUGCCAAUUUCAACUGUGACAAAUUGGAGCGUUGACGGUAUCGUUAGUCAUGUGAAGAUGGAAAUCAAGCAGCUUGAGGAUGACAAUUUUGUCCAAACGAGGGCUUCUGACCUGAAACAACAAGGGGAUGAAGCAUUUAAGAAGCAGGAUUAUCUGAAUGCAUCAGUGUUCUACACACAGGCUCUGAAGAUGGAUAACUUCGACGCGAAGUUGUUAUCAAACAGGAGUCUUUGCUGGCUUCGCAUGGGUAAUGGGGAAAGGGCUUUUGGUGAUGCACAUGAAUGCAUAGCGCUUUGCCCGAAAUGGGCAAAGGCACACUAUCGGCUAGGCGCAGCUUUUAUGUUUAUGGAGGCGGCAUGUGAAUUUGGAGAAAUCAUGUGUUCCCAAAAUCGGAAGGCGGCUUCUAGGCGCCGAUUUUUUGCCUAUGUGGAAGGCUUAGCACCUGUACAAGGUGGAGCAUUGGGAGGGGUAAAUAAAGUGCCAGCGCCUGCGACGGUGACUGCAGUUGAGGCGACGCCGGUGCCAUUGCAAGCAUCCAACAAAUGUAAGUUCCCGAUCAUUGACGUGGACCAAGAUCCACCAGGGAGCAGAGACGUCGAUGAUGCGGGGAGUGUCGAUCACAUCGGCCGCCUCCCGGAUGCCGUUCUUUGCAGUAUCGUCUCUCUUCUCCCCACCAAGGAAGGUGCCCGCACGCAAGUCAUCUCUCGCCGAUGGCGUCCGCUAUGGCACUCCGCUCCUCUCAACCUCGUGGUGGACCAAGAACUCAACAGCAACAACCACAAUUUGGGCGACUUGAUUUCAAAGAUCCUCUCUGUGCAUCCUGGCCCCGCACGCCGCUUCUCGCUCUGCCUCUCUAGUAGCAAGUAUCAUGGCAAGAUCAAAGGCUGGCUUAGUUCCCAAGCCCUGGACAAGCUACAGGAGUUUGAGCUCAUCCCCAAACACUGGUUUGACGUCAGGGAUACGUUCUACCUACUGCCAUUGUCCGUCUACCGCUUAGCGCCCACGCUCCGUGUGGCCAAGUUUGGCGGCUGCCGUUUCUCCGACUGGAUUGUGAAGCUGUCGCUCAAGUUUCCGUGCCUCAAGCAGCUCACCCUGGAUAGAGUCGCCAUCUCGGAGGACGCUCUCCAGAGCAUGCUCUCUGACUGCUAUGCCUUGGAGAGCCUUGAGCUAAAGAAAAAUUCUGUCUUUCGUCGCCUCUGCAUCAGCUCCCAAACUCUUAAGAGUGUAGGCUUUUGCACUAACUGGUUUAAAGAAAGUGUCCCUUUGCAAGAGUUGGUCAUCGAGGAUGCCCCGUGCCUUGAGAGAUUGCUACCACUUGUUCCACAGAAUAUGAUUGCUAUUGACUUGACAACCAAAAUGCACAGCGUGAGGGUGUUGGUUCUUGACUACACUAAUCUGGAUAUAGUGGUUAACUUCCUCAAGUGCUUCCCCUGCUUGGAGAGGCUGCAUGUCUUUUUCCAGUCAAGGAUGAGUUGUAUUAACCCCCAGGAGUAUGACCCACCGGAACCGAUUGAAUGCCUUGAGCUGCAUCUCAAAGAAGUACUGUUGAAGAAUUAUAAUGGCACCAUCCCUUUGUGUAUUGACUUUGCCAAGUUCUUUGUUUUGAAUGCGAAAGUGCUAAAGAAAAUGAAAAUCACAUUGCCUUACCACCGGCAGUAUAACUGGUUUGCUAAUCAACACCUGCUGCUGCGGACCAAAGAUAGAAUUUCUCAAGAUGCUCGGAUUGAACUGAGAUGCGGCAAUAAUGUUUAUUUCAGAGACAACAGGAACACCCAUGAUUUGUCAAUGGCUGAUCCUUUUGACGUGCCCUCCAGCGGAUGUAAAAAGUGUAGUGGAUCCCCAUUUUGA